CUGUCUCAACUGACUGUGAACAAGAAAGACACAGACGGAGAGGAGGGAAGAGCGAGCUGGAUUUUGCCAUUGAUCAAUCUCGGAUGUGCAUCAGAGUACUUUGCUUUAAAUCAGAGGUUGUGAGCUUGUAGAAAAUGUUUGGAUAUCUGCACAAACGUAUGCAGGACUAUCUGGUGGAGCGAAAAAGCCGCAGGACCAGGCUAGUGACCAAAGAUGGCCGCUGCAACAUUGAAUACGGAAACAUCAAGUACAGCAAACACUUAUCCUUCUUGGCUGACUUCUGGACCACCUUCGUAGAGAUCCGGUGGCGUUUUGUCCUCUUCAUCUUCAUCACCUCUUUCACCCUAAGCUGGUUCAUUUUUGGCCUGCUGUGGUAUUGGAUUGCCCGCAGUAAUGGAGACCUGACGUGGCAAAACCCUUCAGAUGACCACCUUUCAUGUGUUGAUAACGUCGUAGGACUGACCACAGCAUUUCUCUACUCCCUCGAAACCCAGACAACUAUUGGGUAUGGUGGACGAGCGCUCACCCCUCUCUGCCCAGGUGCUGUGGCCCUUCUCAUCAUCCAAUCCCUCCUUGGAGCCAUCAUCAACUGCUUCAUGUGUGGAGUCAUCCUGUCAAAAAUUUCUCUACCCAAAAAGAGGGCUAAGACCAUCACAUUCAGUGACAUGGCUGUCAUCAGCCCCAAAAAUGGCUCACUUGCCCUGUCAAUCAGAGUGGCCAACCUGCGCAAGACCCUGAUGAUUGGAAGCCAGAUCUAUGGCAAGCUGCUGAGGACAACAAACACACCUGACGGGGAGACAAUCAUCAUGGACCAGGUGAACAUUGACUUCAUGGUGGAUAAUGGGAAGGACAACCUCUUCUUCGUGUGUCCUCUAACGCUCUACCACGUCAUCGACAAGAGCAGCCCUUUCUUUGAGAUGGCAGUGGACACGCUCCACAAGCAAGAGUUUGAGCUGGUCGUCUUCCUGGAUGGCACCGCAGAGUCCACCAGCUCUUCCUGCCAAGUCCGGACAUCCUUUAUUCCUCAGGAGAUCAUGUGGGGCUACAACUUCUUGCCUAUCAUCUCCAGAAGCAAAGAGGGCAAGUACAGAGUAGAUUUCUCCAACUUCUCAAAGGUGGUGCCAGUGGCCACUGCACACUGUGCCUACUGUUUCCACAACAUCAAGGGUCAUCAUCAUCACUCAAGAGAUGGACGUGACAACCACGGUUUUGAGGUGAUCGAUAUCAGUGACCCUCCCAAUGUCACCAAGAUGUGAGAUCAUUGGUACAUUGUAAUGAACAGUAGAAACUGAGACUGGUAGAGGCGUAUGUCUCUCAUUGACAAAGUCUUUAAUGGACAAACAGGUGCUGGAGGCAGGUGGGGUUACCUAAUGGCAGACAGCGCAUUGUGUAGCAUUUAAAUAUGAAGUAAAGAAAACCUACUUAUUUGUUAUUCUAUUGUAUUUAACACAGAUAAAACAGUCUGUGGGUCAGGACACUUAUUGUGAGCAAUUUGUAUGUAAAACCACACCUGCCACUGUGCUGACGAGAAUAAAACCUGUUUUCUAAAGGGAGGUCAGGUCAUGCAAGAUGGUGAGGCUAAAAUUCAACAACAGAAACAGAAAGUUUUCCCAAUCACUCACACAUGCACACAUGGGUUGUAGGUACAUAUGUGCCUUUGCUUUUAAAUGAAGAUGAGUGGUUCUAAUUUACCUCUGGCUUUGCACAUCAGGUUUACUAAGAGGCAGAAAAAACGAAGCAAAUGUAUUGUCCUGUGUAUAAAUCUUGCAGUUACUUGGAACCAGUGUUGAGGGCCAUGCUUUAGUCAUGGGUGAAAAAAAAGAUUAAGAGGUUCAUUAAAUAAUUCAUGCUGUUAUAGGCUGCUGUACAAAAAGAGACACUUGGACUUGAACAAUUAGUAUGCUUAACUAUUCAGACACCGAGGCACUAGCAAAGAGUUGGGCUCAGGGGCCACUCUCUUCAAACACUGGAUGAUGCAGUUGUGGUUUUCUUCUUGAGUGAGGACAUUGUGAGAGAACAAAGCUCUCAGGAAACACUUAAAUUAUGGCUGCAUGCAGCACUGACUAUAGUAUGGAAAUCAAUUCUCUUUGUUAGGUCUUUUUUGUAUUUGAUCUCAGGGGAAAAAUACACUGAA